CCCGCCGCCCCAGCCCGGUGCUGCAAAGUAGGUUGCAGAGUCGCAAGGCGCUGCCAGUGAGGCUGCUUCCGGACGCCGGGGAUCUAGUUUGCUGGCUUCUCAGUCCCGAUUUCUCUCUUCUCAGCCGUGCUGAGGGCUCGGGCCUGCAGGUAUUAAGGAGUUUCCAGUGCCUUCAUCUCCACCUGUGUCUCCAAUUCCCUCCCCUCAGUUCCUUCCUCGCAAAUUGCAACUUUACCAAUGGACCUGAUUGGUUUUGGAUACGCAGCCCUUUUGACAUUUGGAAGCAUCUUGGGAUAUAAGCGAAGAGGUGGUGUUCCAUCAUUGAUAGCAGGUCUAUUUGUUGGAUUCUUGGCUGGCUAUGGAGCUUACCGUGUCUCCAAUGACAAGCGAGAUGUAAAACUAUCCCUGUUUACAGCUUUCUUCCUGGCCACCAUCAUGGGUGUGAGAUUUAAGAGAUCUAAGAAAAUAAUGCCAGCUGGGCUUGUUGCUGGUUUAAGCCUCAUGAUGAUCCUGAGACUUGUCCUGCUGCUACUCUGAAAAUCCAGAGGGACUGAAGGCUGAAUCCACGUCAUUCUACUGUAAGGUGCAGAGCAUGCUCGCUGGGUUUAGAAGAUGAAUUUCAGUAUGGUUUGCAGGUGUCUUGUUUAUGUUAGAAACAAAAGAAACACUGUUACCUUUAAUAUGAUGCUAAUUUGAGGUGUGUUUUUUAACAAAAACUUUAACUGUUUUCUAAUUGUCAGGUACUGUUUUGUUAAGAUAUUUAAUGGAUCGCAAUACAUUCUUUAAUUUGCUGUGUCUAGUUUUUUAUAUGUAAUAUUUUGACAAUUCCAAAUUCUCAAUUGAGGUUUAAAUUAAACUACAAUGUAUCAGAUAACAGAAUACCCUAAGUAAACUUCACAGAAUGGUAAUGUAUCUAUUUGUGUUAAUACUAGAAAUUCUAUUUUUCUGCUUUAAUUGUAUUGCUGGGAGCACUGCUUUUUUUCCUUGAAAAAAAAUUCCAUUCUUCACACACCCUGUGUAAUAACAGAAUGUAUUCAGUAUUCAAAUAAAAGGCCUUCUGCUUUAAGCUCAUUUCUUUCAUUUUAGU